UCGCCUGCUGUGUGAUUUCUAAAAGAGUGUGUGUUUAUGAAGUCUCCCAGGUUGUUGUUUAACAGACCCCAGUGCAGCGCCAGAUUAGGGCCCAAUAAGGGAAGAGGUGAUGACGUUUGCUGUUAAGAGAAAAAGAUGUGAAUUCCAGGUCAUUGUCUGUGGCAAUGUCUCGUGUCAGUGGGUUUAUGUUUAUAAUGCUUUUGCUUUUAUAACCUCAUAUGCAAAUUUGUUGUUAACUUUGGUCGUAAAAUGUAAACAUAAAUGGAUCGGGUUUGGAGGGACUUACACGAGCUAUGAGUGGCAGGAGUCUAAUCUUAAAGCUUAAUCUCCAUGGCCAUAAUGCUUUAUGACAUGCCCGGAAUGGACCAGUAACAGUGGAUGCGGAUGGCACCAGGGCAAAGAUUAAUCAGCGGCACAUUAUUUAAAGGCCAUCAUAAGACAAAGUCCCUGAGUUGACUCCGUUUCGGCCAAAGGAUGAGGCAGCUUAGAUGUUCUUGGAGCUUCGUGAAACCCCUAAUCAUCAUCAGCACACCACUGGCAUUACUACCGCUGCCACUGGUCAUCAAAACAAAGGAAGCAGAAUGUGCGUACAUCCUGAUAUUAAUGGCUGUGUACUGGAUGACGGAGGUCUUGCCUCUGUCUGUAACGGCACUUCUCCCAGCGCUGCUUUUCCCUCUUUUUGGGAUCAUGAAGUCCUCCCAGGUUGCAUCUACAUAUUUCAAAGACUUCCACUUGUUGCUUCUUGGGGUCAUCUGUCUAGCAACAGCCAUUGAGAAAUGGGGUCUUCACCGAAGAAUUGCCCUCAGAUUGGUGACUACGCUUGGAGUCAACCCUGGCAUGUUGAUGCUGGGGUUCAUGGUUGGCUGUGCUUUCCUCUCCAUGUGGCUGAGCAACACCUCAACUGUGGCGAUGGUAAUGCCAAUUGUGGAGGCAGUGAUCCAGCAGGUUUUGAAUGCAAAUGAAGAGGCAAGCAAAGACCACAAGGGGGCGUUAAAUGGCAUCUCCAACCCUGCGCUUCAGCUUGAAGAUAUUGAGGCCCAGUAUGACCAGUCUGAGAAGAUAAAAAGCAUUGAAGCAGGCAUUACGGAGCCAGUUCAGACAGCUCCUGAGGAACCAGAAACUGUUAAGACACCAACUCCACCGUAUAAUGGGAAGUACAGGACCCGUGAAGAUCACAUGAUGUGCAAAGGACUGUCACUUUGCAUUGCCUACUCCUCAUCCAUUGGGGGGCUGACCACAUUAUCAGGAACAUCCACAAACCUCAUCUUUGCUGAAUACAUCUAUCAGUACUACCCAGAAUGCACCAUUGUUAAUUUUGGAAACUGGUUCGUGCUUUGUCUUCCCAUCUGCAUAAUUAUGCUGAUUUUGUCAUGGCUAUUCCUGCACUGGAUGUUCCUCGGAUCCAACUUUCGUGCCAGUCUGUGCACCAGACAGCAAACCGAAAAGGAAAAAAUCACUGCCAGAGUGCUUCGGGAUCAGUACAACUCACUGGGGCCCAUAAGAUGCCAGGAGAUUAUCACCUUGAUCAUCUUCAUUCUGAUGGCAAUAUUGUGGUUUACGAGAAACCCAGGUUUCAUGCCAGGCUGGUCAUCACUGUUCCCUAAUUACCAAGGUUAUGCUACGGAUGCCACUGUAGCGCUGUUGCUGGGUUUCAUGUUCUUCCUCAUCCCUGCACACAAACUAAAAGCCGAUCACUAUGAGGCCUUGAUAACGUGGAAAGACUUCCAGGCCUGUAUGCCAUGGGAGAUCAGUCUGCUCGUGGGUGGCGGUUUUGCUUUGGCUGAAGGCACAAAGAUUUCUGGUUUAUCGUCCUGGGUUGCUGAAUUGCUGACUCCCUUGGGAAGCCUUCCUCCUUUAGCCACCGUCACCAUUGCCAGCCUUAUUGUCACCUCUAUCACAGAGGUGGCCAGCAAUGCUGCCACAAUGACAAUCUUUUUGCCUAUACUGGCCCCCUUGGCUGAGGCAAUUGGAGUCAACCCUCUGUACAUGCUGAUUCCCACGGCCCUGUCUGUGUCCUUUUCGUUCCUACUUCCAGUUUCUAAUCCUCCUAAUGCCAUUGUCUUCACAUAUGGUCAUCUGACAAGCAUGGACAUGGUGAAGGCAGGUCUGGGUGUAAACGUUAUAGGCAUUCUUACAGUCCUAUUAGCUCUCACAACAUGGGGAACACCUCUGCUUAACCUGGACACCUACCCAGACUGGGCACCAGUGGUAAACAACACUGGAGUAUGACCAUCACUGUGAAAAUUAUAGAAAUGUGAACAGUUUAGUUUUAAAAUUACAUGGGAUCCCUCGCAGUUGGUUUAACUGUUAACAGGGCAAAGUCCACAAUCCAAAUGUUUUACUUGUUUGGAUCACUUGGACAAGAAGGCAUGACCAGCUUGCCUUUAGAAAUACAUCAGACUGAAUGGUUUGGGUUCCAGGAGAUGUUCAGUUUGAACGUCAUUGUUUAUAUGUUUUUGUAUUAUAAGCAGUUUUAAUAAUCUUUGGCCUUGUUUACACCUGGUAUUAAGAAGCGUUUUCGUCAAACCAAUUACAAGUGUACGACACUAAAUACAGGUGUAAAUGGUGUUUUGAGCUUGUCCACUUUCGAACACUUCCAGAGGUAGUCGAAAACGCAUUCGACCGGAUUGCUUUCGUAGUGUAGACGCUCGUGGUCAAAUGUGUUCGAACAACCACAAAAGACCCCUACUCUUCACCUAUUGACCUAAUGUGUAAACAUUAUGCAUUAAACUUUGUCAGCUGAAGACCUAAGUUUGGUUUGAAGAUGAAAAACGUACCAAGCACAAAGUUCUCUUACCAUUCCUGAUUUCUAACAUGCACUCACAGCAUUCUUGCGGCUGUCAGAGCAGAAACGGAAGCUGAUGUUCGCCGUAUGUUUUUCUGUCGUCUCCGGUCGCGUUCAUAUGUAAAUUGUGUGAGCUUAUUUCGUCCAUUUUAGAUCUGAAAAAGCCCAUACAUUUACCCACUACCCUCCCCUCAAAGAAAUCAGAAAUGGUCAAAAGUGGACAAAAGAGAAAACAAAAGAUUAAAACACCAGGUGUAAAUGGGAAUGUGUCUCACUCGUCUACUUGUGAUCCGAUCGACCAAAACGCAUCUUAAUACCAGGUGUAAACAGGGCCUUUGUGAUCAUUGUCUCAAGUCUGUGAUUCCUUUUGCCAUUUACUCUUUUGAGAGGUUCAAAGAGACUAGUAAAAGCUGUUUAAAACAGGAUGCUUUGGUGAACAAUGUAUGUGCACAAUUCAACAGUGCAAUGUUUAUACAAAAUGUAUUAUAUAAAAAAUAUUUCUUAAGCUUUAAGCAGAAUUUGCAUGACAGGCUUCGUCCCAUCGGUUAACAUAGCACUUAAUGUUUUAUAUGAUUGUAUAUAUUUUGUUACACUCUAGCAUGUACAUAUAUACAGAUAAGUGAACUGUAUAAGUAGAAUGUUGACAUUACAUUGUGAACAAAAGAGAUCAAAAGUAGAGACAGACAAAAAAUGUUCAACUUUAGACACUGACUUAACACAAACUUGCACACAACAGUGGCCAGCAAAUAAUAGCUAUUGAUUUUAGGUGAGUUACUCAGCUGUUUGGCUUCUUGCAAAAAGUGGGCAUUCCUAGCUUUUGCUCCUGUUGAGUUUCAAGGGAGUCAGUCAGAGUAUUCGAUAGUUUUUAGUUUUUCACAGUAGUCAACAUUUGAAGUGGAUCAAAACCUUUCAUCAAAGUUGUCCUAAAACCUUCUUCUUAGCACAACUUUGAUGAACUUUUUUGAUCCACUUCAAAUGUUGACUACUGUAGUUCAAAGAACAUAGACAUUUUUUUUUUUAAAUCUACAAUGUGUUUUUGUUUGUUUCAAUACUAUUUUAAAAUUCACCUCACAGAAUACUGCAUGGAAACUCAGCAUUGAGUUUUGAUAACAUCUAUUGCUCAUAUGUGCUUCUUGUGAGAUGUUUCUUGUUACGACUAAAACUGUGAGACAGUUA